GUAAAAAAUAGGAAACAUCAAGGACCCAUUGUGCCUAAAGUUGACACUUGCUGACUUGCGAGCAAGGGUUUACAAGUUACGCCAUUUUCCUCUCGAGCCGUCGCCGUCUCCGUCUCCGUCUCCGUCGCCAUUUUCAACUGUAAUCGAAAAUUUCCGAUUCUGAAAAGAAAUGAAUUUCUUCAACUCAGCAGCAUCCUUGUGCAGAAGAGUUAGCUUGAGGGAACUUAUCACCGAGGUUCCUGCUUACGGUGGCAGUGGCAUUUACGAUGGUUCUUCAAGUGGGUUGAGUUUGGUCUUUAAGCGUUGGGCUACUAAGAAAACCGCUGGUUCCACCAAGAACGGCCGCGACUCUAAACCCAAGAAUCUCGGUGUCAAGAAGUUCGGAGGAGAGAACGUGAUACCGGGAAACAUAAUAGUCCGUCAACGUGGAACUCGGUUUCACCCGGGAGACUAUGUGGGGAUUGGGAAGGACCAUACGCUGUUUGCAUUGAAAGAAGGACGAGUCAGGUUCGAGAAGAACAAGAUAACUGGACGCAAAUGGAUCCAUGUUGAUCCUAAGGGAGGUCAUGUUCUUCACCCUAUCUACACUAGAGCUGCAGCCACCAAGUCGACUCAGAUGGAGACAGCUUCGUCGUCGUGAUUCAACAAAUCUGAAGGUGUCUUUCUUUGUUAGAUCAUACGAUCUCUUUGAGUAAAAGAUGGUGGUGUCUUAGAACAGCAACACUCAAAUUCAAUAACAUCUACUGUUUUUGUCUUUAGUCUCUGUCUGGAUACUGACCAUUGGCUUGUUUAUGCAAAGGCAUAAGUUCAAUUCUUCAGAUGAUUGUCAAUU